AUGAGCUGCGGCGGGGCGAGCAGCAUCCCCGGCCCCGGGGAGCCGCAGCGAGACCCCGCCGCCGCCGCCGCCCCCCUGGAGCUGCCGGUCGCGGAGGAGAGCGCGGGGCUGCGGCGGCUGCAGCCCCAGGAGAAGCCGGCGGCCGACGACCCCCCCGGGGCGGGGCAGAGCAGCGGCUCCGGCGGGACCCCGCCGGGCCCCUCCGAGGGGAGAAGGGGCGGCUCGGAGAGAGCCCGGGGGGAGGCGGGGGCCGUGGGCGGCGACAAACCCGAGACCCGCUCCGUGUGCGGCAGCGAUAGCGGCAGCGACAGCAACCCCGGCGGCGCCGGCCCCAUCUGCAAGAUCUGCUUCCAGGGCGCCGAGCAGGGUGAAUUGUUAAAUCCUUGCCGAUGUGAUGGGUCGGUACGGUACACACAUCAAUUGUGCCUCUUAAAGUGGAUCAGUGAAAGAGGGUCAUGGACCUGUGAGCUCUGCUGUUACAGAUACCAUGUUAUAGCAAUUAAAAUGAAAAAACCUUGCCAGUGGCAAAGCAUUACAAUAACACUGGUUGAGAAAGUGCAGAUGAUUGCUGUAAUCCUAGGAUCUCUGUUCUUAGUAGCAAGUGUGACUUGGCUUCUAUGGUCAGCCUUCAGCCCCUAUGCAGUAUGGCAAAGAAAGGACAUCCUUUUUCAAAUCUGCUAUGGAAUGUAUGGUUUUAUGGAUCUAGUGUGCAUAGGACUAAUUGUACAUGAAGGUGCAUCAGUUUACAGAGUGUUUAAGCGCUGGAGGGCUGUUAAUCUUCACUGGGAUGUAUUAAAUUAUGAUAAAGCUACAGACAUAGAAGAGAGCAAUCGAGGAGCAUCUUCACCGGGUAGGACAUUGUGGUUACCACUAACUGCAUUUAGAAACAGAAAUUUAAUUCAUCCAACACAGUUAACCUCUCCAAGAUUUCAGUGUGGCUAUGUAUUGCUGCAUCUGUUCAACCGAAUGAGACCUCAUGAGGAUUCAUCAGAAGAUAACAGUUCUGGAGAGGUUGUGAUGAGAGUGACCUCAGUGUAA